AUGCCCAAGGGACCCAGGAAAGGCCCCAACAGCAGUCAAUUCCGCAUAAAUGGCCGCUUUGCAAAGCCUAGCAAACCUACCAUCCCCUCCAACUCGGAACCUGAGGUCAACGAAAUCACUUCUUACCUUAACAACCUUACCAUAACCAAAUAUUCCAACAUGACUGCGCCCAACAAUCAAGAGUCUGCCAGUAGCACGGAAGAAAGGCUUACCCAGCUCCUCCAAACAGUAAACGCACUUGCGAGCCAAGUGCAGCUACUCUCCGCUUCUAGGACUAUGGCUCAGCCCCAAGCAAACACGCUGCCACCUCCGGAACCACAGCAUAGCACGGGGUUUGUUCUGCCUAUUCCUAACACACUAGAUGCAUCUCCGUCUCUCCGCUCCACCUUUCCGGAAAUCGAGGCGGCCCACAUCACCGCAAUCAUUAUCCACACCUUUCAACAAUACGACCUCCACAAGCUGGACUCCAAGUACUGUGAAAAAAUGGCCGAGCCGGCUUACACAUUCAACGCCUCAACCAUGCAGUUUGAGGCUAGUAACAAAGCCGCACACAAGUACAAGAUGGUCAACUCGCUGCUCACCCCCCUUAUAAUCUACUUUGAUGUUCUCAUAGCUCACCUAUUUGCUGCGUCUCCACGCGUGAAUGUGUCCCACUUUUUCUUCAAGUUCAUAAAUCACUUUCACAAGUUGACCACGGAGUAUGAUUGGCCUGCAGUCCUGGAAUACACCAUGGCAUUCAUAGCCCGCCAAUGUGCAGACAUGGCUGACCACGGUAAUUAUACAAAGUGGGGACUUCCGAAUAAGGAGUUACAACUACAACACCUAUUCGGACAUUGUUGUGCACCAGGCAAUAAGACAGGCACCCUAAGAGCCACUGGAAUUAAGAAGGAUAAUGGUAGCACCGUAUGCCAAAACUUCAAUCUUGGCACCUGUACCCAGACACCAUGCCCCUAUGGGAGAAUCCAUGCGAAGGGAAGUGGCUCAGACAAAACCAACUAG